CCUGUGCCUCUCGGAUCCAUGAUUUAUUAAUUACCGGGCUGUAAGAGAAGAUGAGGUCAGCCGUGGAAUGUCUUCCGGGUUGAGUUGGUCGAGGGAGGGAUGAGCAGAGAUGCAGCCUGUGCUCGCUCCGCACAUCAGCAGCAGCAGCAGAGGCAGGCAGGCUCCACUGUCUCAGGCAGACAGACAGCGGCAGAGGCAGCACGUCCGCCCGCAGAGACGGCUCGCGCCGCAUUAGUAUCCCCGCCGAAUUUCCCAGCAGCCUCAUUUCGGUGCUCUCCAAAUGGAUGUAUAAACUACCGACACCGUUUUUCUCCACAAAAGGGCUUUUUCUUGGGGCUCCAUUAAUAGCCAGAAUAGUCCUUUUUUAUUUUUCAUUUUUUAGGUAACUGUUUUAUCUCGACAGCACAGAGGGAGCCGCUCUUCCCCCAUCGUUAGCUCGUUAAGCUAGCUACUCUGCUAACUUAGCUGUGGUACUUUGAACCGUCAGUUUUCCGCUUCGCUGCUAGCCUGCGGUCCUUGGCGCCCCGGUGACCGUUCGAGGCGACUCCGUCACUUUAAAAGGAAGCAUGUGUGAGUGACGAGAACAAGAAGUGGGAUCUCUGAGGCCCCGCCCCCCUGCUGGUGGAGGAUCCUGCACAUCUAACCAGAGACCCCUUCAUUCACCUCAAAAGGAUGCGUAGGUUUGCCUACUGCAAGGUGGUUUUAGCCACCUCCCUGGUCUGGGUCAUGCUGGACAUGUUCAUUCUGCUCUACUUCAGCGAGUGCAACAAGUGUGACGACAAGAAGGAAAGAGGAUUGCCUGGGAGAGCCGACGCCUUGUCCAGACCGCGAGACGGACCCGGUGAAGGUGGGAAGCCAGUGGUCAUCCCUAAAGAGAACCAGGAGAAGAUGAAGGAAAUGUUUAAAAUCAACCAGUUCAACCUAAUGGCUUCUGAAAUGAUUGCUCUGAAUCGUUCGCUGCCUGACGUCCGUCUGGAAGGGUGCAAGAACAAGCUAUACCCUGAUGAUCUUCCCCGCACCAGUGUGGUGAUUGUCUUUCAUAACGAGGCUUGGAGCACACUGCUGCGAACCGUCCACUCCGUUAUUGACCGUUCACCGCGCUCGCUGCUGGAAGAGAUUGUCCUUGUAGACGAUGCCAGCGAGAGAGACUUUCUGAAACGCCCGUUGGAGCAGUAUGUCAGAAGGUUAGAAGUUCCUGUCAGAGUGGUGAGGAUGGAGCAGCGAUCCGGACUCAUCCGCGCUCGCCUCAAGGGAGCAUCCAUCUCCACUGGCCAAGUCAUAACCUUUCUGGAUGCUCAUUGUGAAUGCACCAUGGGGUGGCUGGAGCCUCUGCUAACUCGCAUCAAACAAGACAAGAGGACAGUGGUGUGUCCCAUCAUCGACGUAAUCAGUGACGAUACGUUUGAGUACAUGGCGGGAUCUGACAUGACGUACGGAGGCUUCAACUGGAAACUCAACUUCCGCUGGUAUCCUGUGCCUCAGAGAGAGAUGGACCGCCGUAAAGGAGACCGCACACUCCCUGUCAGGACUCCCACCAUGGCAGGAGGCUUGUUCUCUAUAGACAGAGAUUAUUUCCAGGAGAUCGGCACUUAUGACGCAGGCAUGGACAUCUGGGGUGGAGAGAACCUGGAAAUCUCUUUCAGAAUCUGGCAGUGUGGGGGGACCCUGGAGAUCGUCACCUGCUCUCAUGUGGGUCACGUGUUCAGAAAGGCAACACCCUACACGUUUCCUGGAGGAACGGGGCAGAUCAUCAACAAAAACAACCGGCGUUUGGCCGAAGUGUGGAUGGAUGAAUUUAAAAACUUCUUCUACAUCAUCUCUCCUGGUGUGACCAAGGUGGACUACGGUGACAUUUCCACUCGCACAUCUUUGAGACACAAACUUCAGUGCAAACCCUUCAGCUGGUACUUGGAGAACAUCUAUCCCGAUUCCCAGAUCCCGAGGCACUACUACUCCCUAGGAGAGAUCCGUAACGUGGAGACAAACCAGUGUCUGGACAACAUGGCCCGCAAGGAAAAUGAGAAGGUUGGCAUUUUCAACUGCCACGGCAUGGGAGGCAACCAGGUUUUCUCCUACACGGCUAACAAGGAAAUCAGGACAGACGACUUGUGUUUAGAUGUGUCCAAGCUGAACGGACCUGUCAUGAUGCUCAAGUGCCAUCACCUUAAAGGCAACCAGCUCUGGGAGUACGAUCCUGUGAAGCUGACUCUGGUCCACGUCAACAGUAACCAGUGUCUGGACAAAGCCAGCGAGGAGGACAGCCAGGUGCCCAGCGUCAGAGACUGCACGCACACGCGCUCCCAACAGUGGCUGCUCCGCAACGUCACGCUACCAGAGGUCUUCUGACCGCGCUGCACACCCUGUCGAACCCACACGCCGCGGCCCGGACAGAAACCACCACAGGAACGGCCGCGUUUACUGAGUUCUGGCCCCAGGAAUAAAGAGACUUCCCACGAAGGGAUCCAGGAGGAGAGGAGGAUGGAUUGGAUGGUACUACCUCUGCCAGAAAUCAGGGAGAGGUGUGUGUUCAAACCUCCUCAGAGUGAACAGAGAGGAAAGACUCCCUCUAAAGAGCUGUUUUACACUUCUUACUUUUUGUUUUUGUUUUUUUUAUGAGAUAUCAACCGCAGAGAGCUAGGGACUCCUGUGCAUAAGAACGAGACUGAACGCUGGAGUGGAGGAUCUGCUCUCACAUCUUCCCUGACAGAAAGCGGUCCAGCCCUCAGCUCAUUACCUAACGUUUACUGACUGCCUCCGAUCAGAGUGUGUGCACUUAACCCUGUGUGUUUUAGGACCCUGUGCUCCGAGAUGAAUGUAUGCCUUGAAGAGGGGACUGAAUUCCUUGUUGACUUCUUCUUCUUUUGUUUUUUUAUUUAAUUUUGUAAUGCGCUAUGAUAAAGCGUGCGUGCACAUGUGUGUCAGAGCCCCUCCUACGGUCUUUGCAGCAGCGUCUGUCUCCCUCUGGUGUUACUCGGCGGCAUCUCAUUGAUCGAAACCUCCACACUGUGGAUUUUCCAAAAGGGGAGAGCCCGUUUAAAAAAAAAAAAAAAAAAACUAAAGACAUGGUGUCUGCCAUCAGCAGCCAUCUAGAGAUAUAGAAAUAUGAUGUUUGUGCUAUCUUGAGAUUUCUAUGUCCAGUUUUUUACAUGGCUUGUCUGUUUCUACUGUACUCUUAGAUCGUCCGUCUCUGUCGUCUUUAAAGAUGUUUAACAACACACCCAGAGGUCACGGUCGCUGGAUUCUUAUUGGAAAAGAGCUAACAUGGUUCAUAUUUUAUUUUUCUUUUCAGCACAUUGUCUUCUCUGUGACCUCUUUCAAGGAAAGGGCUCCUCCAGUGGAGUGUGUGUGGAUGUACCCAGGUUUGAAUGUGUGUGUGUUUUUUUUUUUUUUUAACAAGUCAUCCUCCUCAUUCAUCAGAUUUUGGAGCUUGUAGACUAAACUGGCAGAAGAUCCACGUAUCUCUGCUUCCGCUGCUGAACAAAAACAGACGUUAUCUUCCACCGGAAAUUUGUAAUCAUAAAUAUAUCUGCGGCACAAAAACAGUUACUGUCUUCGGAUGUCAAAGUAACUCGGAUGUUUUGGGUAAAUAAUCAGAAACCAAACAAUAACUGUGGAGCCUGAGGGAGAUACAAUACAGCAUCUUGAGAUUACAUAUCCUAGUAGCUGCAUAUCUUUUUCUUAUUUUUUUUAGCAUGCCUGCAGUCAUUUGAGCAUCAACAGAACUCCUUCUCAUUUCAUUUUUUUAUUUUAUUUUUUAUUUUUGGUGUGUGUGUGUCACUUUUGUCAGAGCACAAGAAGAGUGCAGUCAUUAAGGUCUGAAACAUUUCAGCCUCCUCCAGUGGAGGACGGCUUUUCAUGUGGAUGUGGGGCCCGUCUUUCGCGGCGGACGAGGCACCGAUGGAGAACAGGUCUGUCUCGUCCGAGUGAAACCCGGUUUUGACUCGGACACGGACGGAGCGUGCUCCUGCUCUGAUGUGGGGAGCCGCGGGGUUGUUUGAACCUAUCUGGCAUGUUCUGGCUUCCACAAUGAGCGAAUCCAAAUGUAGAAAAAUAAAAGCUACAAGGUUUACAGAAGAUGUGGAGUAGCGUUUUGA